CGGUAGCCACAGGAGCAGGUGCUGCGGGCCGUAGAGCACCCAGCGCGCCAUGGGCUCGGACCUCUGGGUCGGUCCCUGGCGACCGCACCGGCCCCGCGGCCCCAUCGCGGCGCUCUACCGGGGCCCGGGGCCCAAAUACAAGCUGCCCUCCAACACGGGUUACCUCCUGCACGACCCCUCGCGGGCCCGCGCCCCCGCCUUCUCCUUCGGCCUGCGCCUCCCCAAGCAGCAGGCUUCGUGCAGCCCCGGGCCCGGCUACCUGGUGCCGGCGCGCAUGACGGCGCGCGGCAGGGACGGCACCCCGGCCUUCUCCAUCUACGGCCGCCAGCGCCUCUCCGCGCCCAGCCUCACUCCCGGACCCGGCAGGUACUUCCCGGAGCGAGCGGGCAACGCCGCGUACCCCAGCGCGCCCCGGCACACCAUCGCCCCCCGAAACUGGGGCGUCCAGGCGGAGCACAACACCCCAGGUCCCGGCACCUACACGGUGCCCUCGCUCCUGGGCCCGCGAGUCAUCGGCAAGGUCUCCGCCCCAACCUACUCCAUCUACGGCCGCAGCGUGGUGGGCAGCUUCUUUGAGGACCUCAGCAAGACCCCAGGUCCCGGCACCUACCCCGUGGUGAACCCCGGCGUCUACAAGGCUCGGGCCCCCCAGUUCUCGAUGCAGCCGCGGACGUCGCUCCCCCAAGACAACAGCCAGAACCCCGGACCCGCAGCCUACAAUGUGGACCAGUACCGGAAGCCCGGCGGCUGGAGCUUCGGGAUCCGGCACUCGGACUACGUGGCCCAGACCUUGGCCGAAGUGGAUGACUGAUGGGCCGGCGGGCGCGGCCCACAAACCUUUGCUUAAAGCUUCGGGAACCA